AUGCACCUCGUUCCGAAGGAGCUUGAUAAGCUCGUCAUCUCGCAGUUAGGUUUCUUAGCCCAGCGGCGUCUUGCACGUGGUGUGCGACUUAACCAUGCAGAAGCUGCGGCACUAAUUUCAUCAAACUUGCAUGAGUUGAUUCGCGAUGGGCAACACUCCGUGGCGGACCUCAUGUCCAUCGGCAAAACAAUGCUGGGGCGUCGCCAUGUCCUGCCAUCUGUUCCGUCCACCUUGGUAGAACUUCAAGUGGAGGGCACUUUCAUUAUGGGUAGCUAUCUAGUCACAGUCCACCACCCCAUCAGCUCAGAUGACGGAGACCUUGAAAAAGCUCUCUAUGGGAGCUUCCUCCCUAUACCUCCACCGGAUACAUUCCCGCCCAUCAACCCUGAAGAGUAUCUACCGGAGAAGGUGCCGGGAGCGAUGAUCCCUGUCAAGAACGAGAGGAUUACGCUGAGCGAGGGACGGAAGCGGAUUAAGCUCAAAGUCACGAGCAAAGGCGACAGACCGAUCCAGGUUGGCUCACAUUAUCAUUUUAUCGAGACGAACCCGCAGCUGCACUUUGACCGGAUUCGUGCGUAUGGGUAUCGCCUAGAUAUCCCUGCCGGUACAUCCGUUCGGUUUGAGCCUGGCGACAAGAAGACUGUUACCCUGGUUGAGAUUGGAGGCCACAAGGUUAUUAAAGGAGGCAAUUUCCUUGCCACUGGAAAAGUUGAUCUCACUCGAGCGGAGGAGAUUAUCCAGCGUCUGAAGGCCGAGGGAUUCUCGCACGUUCCUGAACCCACUGCCGAUGAAGCACUCGUUGCUCCUUUUACGAUAGACCGGGAGGCAUAUGCUCGCCUGUUUGGUCCGACAACGGGCGAUCUUAUUCGAUUGGGAGCUACGAAUCUGUGGGUCAAGAUUGAAAAAGACUAUACAUACUAUGGAGACGAGUGUUCAUUCGGAGGCGGCAAGAGUAUUCGAGAAGGCAUGGGACAGGCGUCGGGAAAGUCAGCAAAGGAGUGUCUCGACACUGUGGUUACAAACGCCGUCAUCAUCGACUGGAGUGGUAUCUACAAGGCAGACAUUGGAAUCAAGGACGGGAUAAUCGUGGGAAUUGGCAAAUCUGGAAACCCCGAUGUUAUGGACGGCGUCAAUCCGAAUAUGGUAAUCGGCUCGUCGACGGAUGUGAUUGCAGGAGAGAACAAGAUUGUGACAGCUGGAGGAUUCGACACUCAUAUCCACUUUAUCUGCCCUCAACAGGCUAACGAAGCCAUUGCUUCGGGCGUCACCACAUUCCUCGGAGGAGGUACUGGCCCGUCAACAGGCACUAACGCAACAACAUGCACACCCGGACCCACCCAUAUGCGCCAGAUGAUCCAAGCCUGCGACGGAAUCCCCAUGAACAUCGGUAUCACAGGGAAAGGAAAUGACAGCGAAGGCAUAAGCAUCGAGGAGCAGAUCAUCGCCGGCGCAGCCGGGCUGAAGCUUCACGAAGACUGGGGUUCAACACCCGCCGCCAUCGAUACAUGUCUCGACAUGUGCGAGAAGUACGACGUCCAAUGCAUGAUCCACACCGAUACACUCAACGAAUCCGGCUUCGUCCAGCAGACAAUCGCCUCAUUCAAGAACCGCACCAUCCACACCUACCACACCGAGGGAGCCGGGGGCGGCCACGCCCCGGAUAUCAUCUCCGUCGUCGAACACGCAAACGUCCUCCCCAGCAGCACAAACCCUACCCGCCCCUUCACAAUGAAUACUCUCGACGAGCACCUCGACAUGCUAAUGGUCUGUCACCACCUGUCAAAGAACAUCCCCGAGGACGUGGCGUUCGCCGAGUCUCGCAUCCGAGCCGAGACCAUCGCGGCAGAGGACGUGCUUCACGACCUUGGCGCCAUCAGCAUGAUGUCUUCCGACUCCCAGGCUAUGGGCCGUUGCGGCGAAGUCAUCCUUCGUACCUGGAACACCGCGCACAAGAACAAGGAGCAGCGCGGGACACUUCCGCAGGAUGAGGGAACGGGGGCAGAUAACUUCCGCGUCAAACGCUAUAUCAGCAAGUAUACUAUCAACCCGGCCAUUGCGCAGGGUAUGUCGCACUUGAUUGGAAGUGUUGAGGUUGGCAAGCUCGCGGAUCUGGUUAUCUGGUCGCCUAGCUACUUUGGUACGAAGCCGUCGCAGAUCUUGAAGAGUGGAAUGAUUAUUGCCUCUAUGAUGGGCGACCCCAACGGCUCAAUCCCAACAAUCCAACCCGUGAUCAUGCGCGAACAGUUCGGCGCCUACGUCCCCUCCCUCUCCGUAAUGUUCGUCUCGCAAAUCUCGCUCGACACAAACACAGUGCAGCAAUACGGGCUGAAGAAACGCGUCGAGGCCGUCAAGAACUGCCGCAACAUCGGGAAGGGCGACAUGAAGUUCAACGACACCAUGCCGAAGAUGAAGGUUGAUCCGGAGAGUUAUCGCGUGGAGGCGGAUGGCGUGCUUUGUACGGCUGAGGCUGCGAACACCUUGCCACUUACGCAGGGGUAUUAUGUUUAUUAA